GUAAGAAUGCCGCGAGACAAAGACAACCGAGAGUCAAAAGGUAAGCAAUACAUUUGUUUUUCACCUAAUUUGAGCAUAAGCAUUGCUAAGUUUAUUCACAUCUUAAAAAAAAUUCGAUAAGAUGUCAGAUCAUUAGUCUUGAUCCCAAUGGAAGCAGGGCGAGCCCCAUCCCUUAUACCUGACCCCACAGGCAGCGGCGUCACCGAGCCAUUCGAUCUAAACUAUUGCCCCCUAAUUAAAUUUUUUCUUCUCCUACUUUAAAUUCCUGGAGAACCCUGAUUUUGAUAUAUGAUUCCAGCGAUCAACAUUGCUACACACACACGCUUGAAAUAAAAGACGUAUACUUCGAAAUUUUAAAGAAAAAAUUCAUAAGUUUGGCAACAGUAAUGUCACAUCUCGUUUCAACAGAGCGAUCUUCUGACGACGAUGAUGACGACUUUCAAAGUAAGAAAGAAGAUGAUGAGAACAAAGACGAUAAAGGUGAUGAGUUCCAUGAUAACGACGAUAAUCAUAACAGUGAUGACGUUGAGGUUGGUGGCGAUGAUGUUGGUGAUGAUAAUGGCGGAGGAGAUGAGAUUACCGAAGAACAAGAAUUGCUACAGCAAAUUCAAGAACUUAGCCUAGAGGGACGGGUGGAAGACUUGGAUGAAUCAGACUCAGAUAAAAUAAAAAUACACAAGUAUGUAUACUAAAGCGUUUUAUUCAACCGUAGGAACACAUUGGCAAAAAAAGCGAGCGCGGGGAGGGGGGUAGAAUCUACGAGCAGGCGUUCUUUUCUGGGGGGAGAGCGACGGGUAAAUAAUAAUGUAAAUAAUAAUAUUUUAUAAACAGCUAUUAAUCAUUCAAAGUUUUCGCCGUCUCUGAUUGGCCCAAAGCCCCAAGCUAAUUCUUCUUAACUGUACUACGAGGAUGAGUUCGGCUUUCGUAUAUGAUGUGAAGAAUUGUGCAGAUUUCAGAGACUGUUAUCCACCUCAGGGAUAAGAUUUCCCCGAUUUGCAUAAUUCUUCACAUCUUACUCAGCCUCAUUAAAUAAUUGCUAAUUAAAUUAUAAAAUACCAUACUGUACCUCUAAAAUAUCUUGUAUACCGUUAAUAUCAUGGAUAUCAUUGACACCCUGAAUUUAAGCUGACAGAAGCCUCAGUGAAAACGAACCUAGAUCAAGUGAACACUUUUGGAGUCUUUUACGGGAAUAAGAUUAUUUUGCGGGCACAAUCCUGUGCUGGAAACUGGAUAUCGCACAACCUCAAUACCGCGCGUGGCUUGCCUGGUAUACGAUUAUUUUAAACGGGUUUCGAUUAACUAAUGUUUUAAUAAUUUAUUUCAGAGGAACAAUCACCAGUGAAGGUACCCAUUGGGCCCUUAAACGAGGGAGCACCCACGUUUUCUUUCCCCCUAACGCCGUGUCUCAACCCACAUCAAUAGUGGCCCACAGGUGGAAAUGCAGUGCACGUUCUCCCCCACUGCAAGAGCACGAGUCAGUUGUCAGUAAUGUUAUUGAGAUAUCAACCAAAACUGGCGAUGAACUGAAAUUCGACGCCAAAGCGAAGCUUGUUCUUUCUCACGGUGCGCCUGAUUUGCAGGGCUACGAACUAGUGAUAAAGAAGCUGAUCGAUUGGAAAAGCAAUGAAUGGGAAGAGGUGGAUGGAACUAAGGCAUUACAGUGUCUUAAAGGUUUGGAAACUGAUGCUUUUUGAAGAGCAGCCUACCCAUAGUAUUUACCCACUGUUUAAAGUAUGUCUUCACCUGUGAAAUGCUGUCUGUUCCAUGUUUUACGUUUACUGCGCGCAGUUUGUAUAUUUACAGAAGUCACAAUGGCUUAUAGUCUUUCCACUCUGAAUUGUUUACAGCGGUCGAAGAGGACUUCCCGCCUCACCCGCGGGAUGUACCGGAAAUUUUCUUUCCCGUUGCUCAAGCUGACAUAACUGAGUGCUCAACAUACGCAGUUGUUUGUCGUCUCAAGCCUUCUCCAGCGUACACCAUCACAUCUACUGGUGGCUCCUUUAGCCAUCCUGACUAUCCACGCGUGACAGUUACAAUCCCUGAGAAUGCUGUGACACCUGAAGCAAAGAUUCCUCUGGUAUUGAAGGUAGGACGGUGUGAAUUAUCUCGAGAUCUUUUCUUGCUGUGGUGACAUGACCAGUUAAUGUUUCUAAGGAUAACUCUUGCCAGGUCUCCAAACUCGACAGAAAUGUAAGAAUACAGCAGACGUUAGAUGAGUGAAAUUAGGCUCAUAAAAAGUAUUUUUGUCCUAUGGAGACUAUUGCGUUGUCAGAUAGAUAAGGUUUUGCUAUAGUCUCCACCGGAUAUGGUGUUCCUUGCGAAAAUGGUCUCUUUUUUCCUCUAAAACUCGAAAAAAUGGCAGCAAAUCUGACAGUAAGUUCAGGUUAAUUUAGGUGUGUUUUUUAUUAUCCCUUUAGGUGCAAGAAGUUCCAGGUGAAGAAUUUAAAGACCAAGACGUGUUUCUUGGACCAAUACUGCGGGUCAGCGGUUCCCAAAUCGUCGAAUUCUCGAAGCCCGUCACAAUUCAGUUGACAGUGUCUCUUCGCAGCGACCAGGAAAAGAUUCCAGUCCCCUCGACAUGCCGUGUCAGAGUAUUGUUCUUAAAUUCUGUUGACAAAGAAAAAAAAUGGAUGGAAAUCACAGAUGGUCUUAACUGUCCUGUACAUUUUGACGGGACAUUUGUUAGGUUCCAGGUAGAACGCUUCUCUGGGUAAGAAGACAUCCAAAUGUUGUACUUGUUUUGUUGUUAAUGAAUUGUAGGUAAACUGAACUUUUGGUUAUGCUAAUGCAAGUUAGCAUACAUUGAAACUGUUGGAAUACUAAGCUACUAUGAGCUACUAUUAGCUUAUUGUUACUCUUUUUAACCUUUUUAAAUUCUGAUAAUACUUAUUUUUUGCAUAGCUUUUAUACUGUAAAGCUAAUGUGUGCUUUUAGUUUGUAGUUUUGUGUGUACUACUUAGUAAUGUUUUUCUCUCGCUAAAUUAAGUUUGAGUCAACUGAUUAACCGCCUUAGUGUAUCCCCAUAGUUUUAAAGUGGUAUUUAAGUAAUGGAGAUAUCAACUAGCGUCUUUUAGCUGUGCAAUUCAAAGUCAAAAUCAUUCUGUCUGCAAAAGUAAUUCAAAUUCCGCUCUAUGUCUCUUUUAGAUACACUUGCGUUUUUGAAUGGUACAAAGAGGACUUCAGCCUUUCUGGAGUAAUAACAUACUUGACAAGCCUUAUUUGGAAGCAGCCAUUACUUGGCGUUUUCUUCUCCUAUUUCAAUGAAUUAGAUCGUGCUUAUUCUCAAGAUGUUCUCCAUCUUAUAUGCUGCCCAGCGCACAUGAGAGAAAGAGUAGUCCAAGAGCUAGAAAACGCAAACGUGGUUCCAAGUGAGGAAAAUUCACGGAAAAAGCUGAUACCGGGGUAUGACAAAGCAUUCGUCUUUGUAUCAGGAGGAAUAACCCCAGCUGAAAUAGAAGACAUGGAAGAUUUCCAUCUCAUGUAUGUACGGCCGCUGCUACACAAGGCAGGUUUUUGAGCGACGUAGGUCAACCGGAAGUCAGGCCGUUUUCCUUUGGAAUAUGCCUUGACGGUACAAAACUUUGUAUUGCCAAGUGUCUUUACUCCUUUAGAGACGAUUUUCCCGAAAACCUGGGCAAAACCACUACCCAAGACUGCAAAACGUCCACUUCCGGUUGACGUGGGUCGCUCAAAAACGCCUUUCCACAACCCCCCUAAUUAGUCUAAUUUCUCCCGAAAUGAACAUGUCUCGCUACGGAUUUUUUGCAGCGAGUCCUCGUAGCAGGGUGUGCUUUUCCGAGUGUCUCGCACGAAAACUUGUCCAGCUUAACGGCGUCUUUAUUUCAGUAUUGUUAUCGCUUAGUGACUUAAUAUUUUGAAUGAAGGCACGGGGUUUGAAGUGCAAACAUAAUGCACCAUUAUUGACUUUAGAUUGUGUCACAAAUGGACGAAAAGGUUUCGUUGCAAGUUAUUUUGUACUUUGUGUCCAUAAUGGCAAACUAUAUGUACUUGUUUUCAAAAUAACACUAAAACUAGUAGUUAAGCGCGGCGUCUGAAGUCAUGCACAUUUAACUAACGAAAGGAGAGACAGCAUUCAAAUAUUUUUAGUUUCAAUUGCUGUUACGCUUUUGACCCAUAAGCACCCGAGAAUUUCUACACAUCUUGAAAGAAAAAACACCAACGCCUCUUGAAAUUAAGGCUCAAUUGUGCAUCAGUGGGAUAAACUUAUUUUACUUCAUAUACAUAUCCUUUCAGGUUUGAGAGCGAUAACCGUGACAAAAAGCAACUGCCAGUUCGUUUGAUAAAUGACCAAGUUUUAUCCCAUGUGGAGUUUCGCAGUAGCCCAGAUCCCAACGCGAAGAACCUAUUGUCCAGAUUGAACUUUAGAUUGUCUUCAAUGAAACUUGAUCUCACGGUGAGUACUACACACAAAAACGCAGCGUACCCCUUGUUUUCCUUAUUUAUCAGGCCAUUUACAGCUUUAUGCGACACAUCUCAAUUAUUGUAUUACAUCUCAAGACACAGGGUCCUGGGAGUAAUUAUGCUCACUGAACUGGGUUUAAGAUAAGCAUUCAAUUUAAAGGCUUAAUCUUUUUAGGUUAGUAUCAUAAUUGAUCGGUAUACAGUCGACUCUCUCUUAACGGACACCUCUGUAAAACGGACACCUAGAGUUGGUCCCUGCCUUUCUUUACUCCCUUUAUUUGACUCUCUAUAAGACGGACAUCUCUCUAAGACGGACACUUAGUGCCGGUCCCAAAUGUGUCCGUCGUAGAGAGAGUUGACUGUAUUCCAACGUUGUAGAUGUUAAACACACGAACGAUUCAACCUCUCCAUCUCCUCUCAACUUACCACCAAAACCGUCCCAUUACACUGUAGUAAAAACGUCAUAGAAUUUCCCAUCCAUGAGAUUGCAUAAAGGAAAAGAAUAUGAAGCGCUGCGUCUAUCUUAAAAUUGUUAGCCUGCCAGCAAGAACUCUAUUUCGAGUGGCGAGCGAAACGAGACGCUUGUGAACGCGAAGGAAGUGUCCUCUCGCGUGCUGCUUGCGGGUGACUUCUCACGAUAGGGCUUGUUCGCAGGCUAUUAAAUUGUGAAAUAGCUUUUCUGUCAUUCAGUGAUGGUGUUCGUGCCUUGACCUCUCUUCUUUUUUUUAUUUACUUUGCAGAAAACUCCAGUAGAAUUUUUCGGCGUGCCUCUAAAUGACCAAACGCUAUUGGAUGCUGAUCCGAACUAUGUACUUUCAGCGUGCAGACCGUUUUUAUCUCAUGAUACAUACGAAGAACUCGUCAACCACCUCAACAGUGGCUAUAGGGCACCCAAACAAGCACUAAUGAGUCUUUUGCAGUUUGUAGCAGGGUUGGAUCCUAACAGCCAAGAUGAAUGUUUUGAAGCCGUUGUGAGUGCACUUCGAGAGGCGAGCAAUGAAGGAUUUUUACAUGUUAUUGAACGUCUUCAGGAAGGUAACAUGUUUUGCAAAACGUAACUUCUAUAAAGGUUUCGAAGCUGUCGCCAUCGUGGUAUCUGGCAUUGAUGCUUGUCGGGAAAAAUAUUACUUCCGCUCACGUGUACCAGACGCUUCCAUAGAAUGCAGGCUACCUUUCUCCAGGAAAUGUAUGUACGGCAACCAAGAAGCCUGUGGUCUUCUCAGAUAAGGACGAAAAACCGAAGAUUCUUGUGGGACGUAGAAGAACCCACUCUGCUGUUCGUAAAGAAUAGGGGGCGUAGAGCCCGGUGGUGUGGUACAACCUGUUAAGGGCUGGGUGCGUAACGAAGUGGUUGAUAUCAAUUCGGAUGUAAGUCCUGUUUCAUCCCCUGUCACCGUGUUGAGUCACCCUGGCGAAUUCAAUAAAGUAAAGUAAAGAUUGUAUUUGCAUAACUGUUUCGGACAGACUUGGAAUAUUUGAAUAUUUCACACGUUUUGCGCAAAAAAGCCGACUGUCCGUCUGAAAUAUAGCAAAACGUGAAAAUAUACAAUUCGGCUGUUGUCACUAUACAAAAAAUCUCUUUUUAUCCUUAACUUACCGAGGAGCAGGCAAAUUAAGUCUAGCUAAGGUGUAUCUGGGGGGGAGGGGGAGGGAAGGAGUACCGCCCCCCUUGAUGUGCAUAAUUCUUCAGAAUAUAAGAUAGCCGAAUCCAGUAAUUCCUAAUUAAUCAUAUGUUAUUCUUUUCUCGAUAGCACGUCAAAAGGUUAACAUAGCUUUAGUAGAAGGGAGUGAAGUGAUCAACAAGGUGUCAGAAAAAGUGUGUUCAUCGUGGAAAAGACUUGCAAGAGAGCUCGAGCUCAGAGCCGGGCAAAUUGACAACAUAUCAGAGGAGGAACAAGAUGACGAAGAACGCUGCCAUGAAACAUUGCGAACAUGGUGUCAGCUUAACGGAAGGAAUAGCACUAUUAGAAAACUCAUGAUCUCACUGACAAAAAUAGGAAAGGCAGAAGUGAACUAUGACGUCAUGAGAUGUUUGAAUCUUGUGGAGCCUAAUUAA